AUGGCUGAAUCAUUAGCCGCCGUUGGGGGACAAGGUAUUCCCACGCUCAGCGAGGACCAGGCUGCCCGAUUGAACCAGAUGGUCAUCAAAACUGCUAACUACUUACACGAGAACAAAUUGUUAAAGGCAAGAAUUGGUUUACUCAACAACAAGGACGAUGUGAGUUUCUUCCGGUUAAAGAGAUUCAAAAGAGCUAUGACCUCACCGGAGUAUCUGGCCAAACAAGUCACCGAGGGCAUGUUACCCCUGCAAUCAGAUGAAGAUGCUCUUCGAACAUUGGCGGUGUUGAUCCAGAAACAAAUGAUCAUACCCGUGGACAAAUUACACUACCAGGAGAUUAAGAAAGUUAAAGGAUGGAAACCCAACAGGCUGAAGCCAACUUUAAGACCCACCAAGUCUCCAAGAUUCGAUGGCGAUGCUUAUUUUGCCUGGGUAUAUAAUAAACCUAAUCCUUAUAUGGCUAUUUAUGGGUUCUUAGCAUUGGCUGGGGUGUUUACCAUAAUUCUUUUCCCCUUGUGGCCUCGGUUCAUGAGACUAGGCGUGUGGUACUUAUCUAUGGGAGUGUUGAUGUUACUUGGGUUGUUCUUCGCUAUGGCAAUAGUUCGGUUGAUCAUUUAUUUGAUAACUUUAUUGACAAUGUCUAAAGCGUUUUGGUUGUUCCCCAACUUGUUUGCUGAUUGUGGUGUCAUUGAAAGUUUCCAGCCAACUUACGGAUGGGAAGAACCAAAGAAGACAAAGAAAUCAUCAAAGAAAUCAUUAUCAUCAAAGAAGUCAGCUACUGCUGCUUCUACCAAAUCUGAACCAAUUGACCUGGUUUCUGCUGCAGACACGACUUCCUCUAAUACUAAUGGAACUGCUGCCAUUAAACGUAGAGUGGUCUUGGAGGAAGUUGACGAAUGA